UCACUGAGAAUUAAUUUAUAUGCAGAGAAAUUUUCGUAAACUAAUUUUUUAAUUUAGUUAUUUAUUUUGCCACUCACGAUAAUCAAUCGUAAAACGACUUUUCUGAGAAAAUUGGUUUUAUUGUUACGUUGCAACAUCCUAUUUGCUGGCAACAAGUAGUAUCCUGGCAACAGAUUACAACAACAAUGCGAAUUAGUAGGCGUGUACUUUAUGAACGUGUAUAAAGUUAUCUUUCUGUUUUAUUUAGUAUCGAUAAGAGGAAACAUCGCUGAAGUGAAUAUAAGCGAAGAAUCAAGUUUGAAUCCAACUAUGCAGUUUACAUUUGAAUUAUAUAAAACAAUUGUAAGUUCAGAAGAAGGAAAUGUAUUAAUUUCACCUCUAAGUGUAACUGUUGCCUUGAGUAUGACUUUAAUGGGAGGGAGGAGUAAUACUGCUGAACAAAUGAAGAAGGUUCUAAUUAUGGAAAAUAAUGAAGAAACAUUUUCUAAAUAUUCUGAAAUUAUUUCGCAUUUUUGUGAAAAUUCCGAUACUGUAAAAAUUGCGAAUCGAAUGUACUUGCAGAAAGAUUAUUCCAUUGAAUCAGAUUUUACGUCCAGUCUUAAAAAAAUAUUUCGAAGUGAUUGUGGAAUUGUCGACUUCAUAAAUGAUUCGAUUAAUGCAAAAAAUAGCAUAAAUUCAUGGGUAUCGUCAGUAACAGAAAAUAAAAUUAACGAUUUGCUUGGUGAUGUUGAACCAUCAACCCGUCUUAUACUGAUUAGUGCUAUUUAUUUCAAAGGAUUUUGGGCUAAGAAAUUCUCCACAUCUUUAACCGAAAAACAUCCUUUUUAUGUAACGAAGGACGAGACUGUUAAUACUGAUAUGAUGUAUCAAAAAGGAAAAUUUGGAUACCUGGAAGAUGAGAAAUUACAAGCUAAAGUACUUCAGUUACCUUAUGAGAAAGAUGGAUUAAGUAUGAUAAUCAUUCUUCCAUCUGAAAUAGAUGGACUAAAAGAAAUUGAGAAUAAACUGAGUUCAAAUAAAUUCAAUGGUUUAUGCAAUGAAGUUAAAAGCGACGUACGAAAAUUACAGGUCUUAUUACCGAAAUUUAAGUUGGAAAGUGCAAUAAAUUUAAAAGCUGUACUGUCGAAAAUGGGUAUAACAGAUUUAUUUGAUCCAAGCAAAGCAGAUUUGUCUGGUAUCAAUAAUAAUAGAGAUUUAUAUGUUGACGAGGUGAUACAUAAAGCAUUUAUAGAUGUGAAUGAAGAAGGAACAGAAGCAGCAGCAGCAACCGCAGUUCGGAUUCAAAAAAGGAGCCUUGAAUUAAUACCGGAAUUCAAAGCAGAUCAUCCUUUCUUAUACUUUGUUGUUGAUCAUAAAUAUAACAAUAUUUUAUUCAUUGGAGCAUUAAAAUCGCCGCAUUCAGGAAAAGAAGAAUUUCGUGAUGAAUUAUAAAUCAUAAAUCACUGUUUUUCGUUUUAUAAAUUUAUGAUAAUGGCUUUUUAAUAAUUAUUAAUUUAAAAAAAUUAAUACUCUUAUAUAGGGCAUGUGUUUAAAAGGA